UGUUUCCUAUUGUGUUUACAUUUUUAUGUUCUCUCCUAUCCUUCCUAUCCUUCUCUCGUUUUUUUUCAACUUCUCCUUUCCAUUCUACUUUCGUUCCUGUGCAUUCUCCUUUUUUCCCCUCCUUCGAUUUCGCGUACAUGCCGACGCGAAGAAAGAGAGCGACUCCACGUCGGCCUUACGCUACUGAAUGAGGGACGAUCAGUCGUGGUGCAGGUGCCAGAAAGAGUAUGCACGCUAGCAAGUGAUCGUUGGACAAGGACAAGCGUAGCGUUCGCGGGAGUGGGCAGGAAACGGUUCGGUUCGCACUAUGUAAGACGACGAGGCGGCGGCCGAGGGGUCCGAUCGAGCUGAGUUCCCCUCGAGACCGGAGUAGUGUCCGAUCGGCCGUCGCGCCGCGUGGAGCUUUCCGCCGUUCGCGAUUGUUCGCUUCGUACAAAAUCGUAGGGUACAACUGAUUGAGGAAGCUCAGGCUCGAUCCGAAGUUUCGUCCGACUGGGUCGCCGCGAACGUGAUCGUCCUCGCGAAAGGGUCCUCGAGAAUCGGAGAACGGGACAUUCUCGAUAGGAAGUGCGAGCUCGUGAGAUGAAUCCCGUCGUCGACAGGAACGCGCAAAUGAGAGCGGUGGUGAAGUGAUGAUGAAGUAAACUUUGUCGCGACAUCGGCGUCUUGCGCGGUUCUUAUUCCCGACACUUCACUAGCGUAUGUUUAACGAGAUACGUGUGAUCGCUUCGACACCGGCGUUGUGAAAUCCCCGAGAAAGAAGAAGAAGAAGAAGAAGAAGAAGAGAGAGAGAGAGAGAGAGUGUGUGUGUGUGUGUGAGAGAGAGAGAAAGCAAGGUUUUCUUCAUCAUAUCUUCGUUAUCGGUACCAAACGGUAUACGAAAUGGAGGAGGACACGACGACGUCCAAUAUUCUUCUGAUGUCGAAGAUCGGCGCGAUGGUCGGUCUCGGCUUCGGUUCCCUCGCACUGGGAACGUUACCGAUGAUGGUGGGACGUUACAGGGCCAGGAAACAACUUGGUCAGAAACGUGGCCAAGCGAUCUCCUUCAAUCAUUCCAGCACCUCCACGUCCACUUCGGCGUCCUCGCCGAGCAUUGACUCGGCCUCCGUGUCGAACAAGCAAGGUCUCUUGACGUCGCUCUUGCUCUGCUUCGGCGGCGGCGUGCUCCUGUUCACGACGUUCGUACAUCUGGCGCCAGAAGUGCGCGCUAGCGUUGAAACUCAUCAGUCGAAUGGCCAACUGCCCGAUUUGGGUACCCUCGGUCUGGCAGAGCUGCUCUUCUGCGGCGGUUUCUUCUUCGUCUAUUUGGUCGAGGAAGCCGUGCACGCUGCCCUUACCGGCAAACCCGAAUCUUCGGAAGCGUUGCUCUACCGGACGGUGUCGGUGCGAAGAUGCAACAACAAUCAGACGGGCCCAUCGGGUUCGUCAAUGGUGUCAAACGGCUCGAUCACCACCGUGUCCACGACGACCAAGUCCACCGCGUGGAAAGACACCAGCGACACCGAGGACAACAGGGAUCAAACGGAUGUAGACCGGCCGAAACUCCACGAUUCUCGCGAGGCGAGCAAGGACAACAAGGUGCUGCCCGCUAUAUUCGUCCUGCCCGUCGCGUUAACGAACGAAGGGCAUCAAGCUGCCCAGAAGCAUUCCGAUUUAGAACUAGCGAUGCCGGAACUGAGCUACCCGGUCAAUCAUCAUCAUCCUCACGACCAUCAUCAGUACGGCGCGAUGAUGCAAAACACCUCGGUGCAAGGAUUGCUGACUGUACUCGCGUUAUCAUUCCACGCGAUAUUCGAGGGUCUGGCGGUGGGCCUGGAACCGUCCAUCAGUUCGGUCGCGUAUUUGGCGGCCGCUAUCGCGACUCACAAACUGGUCAUCUCCUUCUGCGUCGGUAUGGAGCUCUACGUGGCCGGCGCUUCGACCAGGACCACCCUCGGCUACCUGUCAAUCUUCUCUAUGGUUACGCCGAUCGGGAUCGCCGUGGGACUUGUCCUCGAUCAUUUCAAGAAUGACAGCGAGAAUUUGGGGCCUACACCCACCAUACUCCAGGGCAUGGCGGCCGGCACCCUGCUGUACGUGGUGUUUUUCGAGGUGCUGGCGCGAGAGAGAGCGAACGAGAAGAGCGGUUUGCUGCAGCUGGUCGCAAUCAUUAUCGGGUUCACGCUGAUGCUGGGACUACAGAUCGCCACUGCCCAUUCCCACUCACACGGUGGCCACGGACACGGACAUUCGCACAACCACACGCAUAUGGAGCAACUCGAUCACGAUCAUGAUCACGAUCACGAGCACGAGCACGAGCACGAUAUCGUCACGGAGGCGAUCGACAAAGUAACCGACAGCAUCGCCGAGGCCGUCUCCAACGCCUUCACGUCGACUACGCCGUCGACGAUAGUACAACCGACCAACGUGAGCGAGACCAGCCCGUUACAUCCUCAGCGAAGUUAGGGGACCGAUCUUUGGGUUCCCGCAAGUACAAAGCUCCACGGCUGAAUUCUCUUCAGAUUCAGCGCAACCACGAUCUCUCGGGAAGCUCGAAGAUCUCGAGAUGCCUUUACUCAGGGGACUCUUCUCAUGCGCUUUUUUUUUAAUCAUUUAGCGAAGUAAGAAACUGAGAUAUUGAUCAGUGUCAAGCUGACUUUUUAGUGUCUAGAUUUACGUCGUGAAUCGGAUCGAUGAACUCGACCAUGUUGCUGGUGGACAUGGUGCGUGCGAUAGGAAACUCGUAUCGCACCGCCACGCAACGUUACAUUCGAUAAGAAACGACAUCUUUCAUCGCUACUCCGACGGAAAACUACGCGUCUGAGAAGAAUCUUUACGGAUUUCCGACAGUUUCGUCAACUAUCGCGAAAGGUUGAAAUUUCUCGCUCAAAGUCGCGACUGGAAAAAGAUCGCGCGCCAAAACACUGUAUUUGCCUAUGAGCCGAGUUUAUUUUUUUAGAUACGUAAUAGAGAAUAAGUCAAUCCGUAGUUUAUUUAAGUGCCUUCGAGACCUAGAUACUUCACAGUAUCGAAAAUAUUUAUUGGUAGUAAUGUGCGAAGGCGAUCUCCAGAGUUUAAACGGUUCUCCUUGGUAGCGAUAAAAAAAAGAGGUGGGCGCUGAGCUUAUCGGGAGAGCCGGUCCAUCGAUUUCCUAAUUACUCAACGAAUCCAAACAAGCCAUGUGCAUUUAUAGCAAGAAAUUUUAAUAAAUUAUCACAGCUAUUUUUAUUA